UUUUUUGCUGGCGUGGGCGUGGAACGGAACGACUUUUCCGAUCCUCAAGGUGGAAAAGGAAUAUGCGACCGCCAAGCAGUGACUAUUAAAGGAGACAUUGGAAGAUAUGUAAACGAGGGCAAUGAUGUGACAACAGCAAUUCAGCUCAAAACAGCCAUAGAGUCUGGUCCAGGAUCUUGUGCUAAGGCUAGUUACGUUACAUUCAACCCGUCAAGCACUCGGCACGUCAAAUGGGAUGGUGUAAGCUUACUCAACAACUUCAAGUAUGAGGAGAACGAAAUUAAUGUGGGUCCUGGAAAGUUGCUACCGUGGUCUCAGUUUGAAGGAGUUUUGCAGGUCCCGGAAACUCUUGAAGUGGUUGAUCCCCAUCGCAGAAAUUGAGUACUAAGCCAUCUUUCAAGAAGGUGAGACACAGACAUUGUGAACAUUUCUCAGGUGCUCUUUCCUCAUACACACUAAGCAUCUUUCUGCAUUUUACGCAAAUUCCUUUAGAAAAACAUAGUCAAACUCCCGUCAAAACUCCGAAAUUACUGAAAGGCGCGCGUUUUUUUUUAACACAAAAGUCUGAAGUUUUGUCGACCCACAGAAUAAAAUAACAAUCGAAAGUUGACUGCGCGAUAAGAGGUGAGAAGGAGGGGGGGGGGGAGUAGCAUUGUGAUUAGACUAUCCUUUUUUUUGUUUAUUGUUUAUAUCUUUCUCAAGUGGCUUUUUGCGAAACGAAAUUGAAAUGUUUUAAACAAAGUAAAUUAACCCCUACUAACCGAAUUCCAGGUGCGUACUGUAAGUUACAGACCGUGAAACGAGGUUAGUACGAUAUUCAUUAUGUCUCUGAGGUCAAUCGGGCGCGUGGGAAGGGAAACUAGUUAAAGUUUAGUGGGCCGCGCAAAAUUGACCAAUCACACCCCGCGUACGAACUGAGAGAUACUGAUAAAAAAUAGGAACUCCUUGUAUACAUGUGGGUAGUGCUGUGCACGCGCUGCGGACCUGUUUGUUUACGGACACCGGCACUCACUCACUCACUCACUCACAUACCUGGCGACAAAGUGGGUAGGGCACUAUACAGUGCACACACUAAUAUAAGUGCAAUCCAUAAAAAAAUGAGAGGCAUGAAAUAAAGGUUGUUAUAAAAAAAUUGGAUUGGACAACUGGAUGAAGAGAUAAGUAACGAAAUGUCCUUCAUCAACCUUACUUAUUUCUAAUCACAGAAUCGACUGGGAUUCUGCUAAAUGCUUAACCUACAGUACAAACUAUUUUCAACGACUGACUCUGGAAAGCUGGUUCACUAACUUAGAACAGACGCCUCUCAACAGAUGUCAACAAUUACCAGCACCUUACAAACGACUCAUUAACGACGUGAACGAACCGACAAACAGACCGACAAACAACAGACAGAUCGAAACCGACCAAUGACUGUUAACAAACUCUACACGAGUCUUCCAGCCAAUCACAUCACGGCUAAACAGACCAAUCACGUUCAACAGACCAGACUUUAUAACAUCAUCGACUGACAACUACUCCUCACUUGACUCUGAAUAUGACUAUCGCACAGAUAGUCGAAACGUCAGUCACCAACAACAGUUCUUUUCAGAACUACACUCACCCGGACGAUCACACUACACGAAUUACUUAUUUCUCUCCGUCGUUUAAACAAAUGAUUCUUUCAUAUAAUCUCAAGUCAUCAGAAUGAAUAGACUAAAAAUAAUUCAUUGGAGACAGUUUCUGUUUGGUAGAACAUCAAGUAGUUGGUUGCUUAACUGAGCCCACAGGGACGAGCUGUUUUGAAAGCUCAAAUAUCUUCAUGGAUUGGAAUAAAUUCAUUCCUUUUUCCAGUGCGGGUGCCUUCCUCAGCUCCUUGCAGUGACCAGAAACAACUUCCGGGAUGGUGCAAAGAUUACCCGUCCUUCGCCUACCUAAACCUAACUUGGCACGAUGAACCGGACAGAUAGUCAUAUCCGAUAAAUUCGCCGGCUUUUGAAAACAUCCACAUCUUGCCAAAAUUAAUUCUACCUCCGUUUCAAUUCCGGAAAAUUUCAACGACUUUUUGUUAUUUUUGAUAUCCCUGUUACACCGCGUAAGAGGCGUGACGGAAGUUAAAGAACUUGUGCGUUCGUCUGCGCCGCAAAUCCCACCAACAAUAUUCAAGAACGAGCAAGACAUCGCUGUUCUAUGAAGUUCCCCGACAAUGAACUCUGGUUUUAGAUGCAAUGUUUCACAGAUAAAGAUAAUUCGAUUUAUUUAUUUAAAGAACGAUGCAAUUUUCGUGAGAACAGGUACUUCUGAUUGGCUAUCGACGGCAUAAAGCUUCUCAUUCUUAAUAAAAUCAAUUCUUAUCGUUUCAGUUUGAAUUGCUAUUAUGAUAUUUUCUUUUAUUUUUACUUCAGCAAGUUAACUGGGGAACCUGGCACAUCGUUGAGUAAGAUAUUUUAAAAUAAGACUUAUUGUAAAUUAACAGAAGUAGAUAUCUGUUUGUUACUGUACUAAUUGUAGCGAAGUCGCUCGUGCGUGACGCAGAUUAGGGAGCGAGCCUGUCAAAUUUAAUUUCAGCUCGUGGUAAUUUUGGUGUUUCAUAGUUUGUUUUACCUGUGUAGACAAUAUUUAACAUUAAUAUAUAUUUUUAAAAGGUUCAAACCGCUAAAAAAGUAAAACCCUCAUGUUUUAUGUACAAACUUUGGCCGAGGAGUUAAUUUAUUCAAUAGUGCAUUGUUAUGUAGAGUUGUAGAUUUCAAAGGCGCUCAAUUGGAAUUUUAUCGAAUUUUGAUCGGCGUUCAUGCAAAAGUGCUACUAGAUCCUAAAGAUUUAAAACCGUAGACCUAAAAAUCAAUGACUGAACUGUCUUUGGUUAUAAUAUCAGAAGAUUUGAAGAACUACCGGUCAGCUUUUUUCGUCGCUGAGUUUGGAUUACUUUACACCUUCGCGUAAAUGAGAAAAGUGUGUCUUCUUAAUCGGGUCUCAGUUCGCUCACAAAUAAGCAGAGAUAAAAAUAAUUCCCAUGGUUUGACUAAGGAAGAAUCAAUGUAUUCAAUUAUACUUAAGAAAGAUUCACAGCUCUGUAAACGUCUGUGUAGCGAGAAGCUGAAAAGUGUAAAAUUUCGAGUUUCCGCCAGGUGA